UUCAUUACUCUUUUGUCUUGUUAAUGCGUUGUUAAGGAGAUUCAUAUUGUAUAGCGCGAAAAAAUCAGAAGUAAUUAAUCUCAUGAUAAAAUGGACGAAACCAGGCGUGGACGGGUGAUAGGACUCUGGGAGUCCGGUGUAUCAGUUUCAGCGAUAGCAGCCGAAGUAGAUAUCAGCCUCUCUACAGCAAAGCGCUGGAUCGAGAAGUUCAGAGUAGGUGGCAUCGCGGGACUGCAGAACCACCGAAGAGGCAAUGGUGCUGCUCGGCAAACAACAGCUGUCGAGGAUCAAGCCAUUGUAGCACAGGUGAGGGCUGAUCCUUUUCAGGCAGCAACCAUUGUCUGUCUCACCGUGGGAGUCGCUGCCAGCCCCUGGAUCGUCCGAGCCCGACUGAAGGAAGCAGGAUUGAAGUGCAGGAGAGCGGCAAAGAUGAUGGACCUCACCAACAGACAUUGA